UGUUCAGACAGCUGUGCGUCAUGGCUCGCUGUGCUCUGUGCUUCAUUCUGCUGGGCUUGUGCGUGACCUCCUCCGCUCAAGCUGUUUGCAACAGUGAUGAGGAAUCCAGCAAUCAAUGUGGAAACCUGUUAUAUGAUGUUAAGAAGUACACCUGUUGUGACAGGAAUUUAACAAAAGGUGCUCACCUGUCCUGCUGUGGAACCACUGCCUACAACAAACUGGAGAGUUCGUGCUGCAACAAUGUCGUCACAGCUGGAUUGAGUCAAACCGUUUCAUAUUGCUGCGGACGGGAGGCUUACAACCCCAUCAAUCAGAUCUGCUGCAAUGGAAGUAUCCGGAACAAAGGUUCUGCUCACACAGAAUGCUGUGGCUCAGGUUUAUAUGACACCAAGAAACAACUGUGCUGUCAAACUCAGUUCAUCUGGCCCAAGGACACAGACAAUCACGUGUGCUGUGGCAACGCAACACUGAACUUACUCAAGCAGUGCUGCUGUGCUGCUGAUACUCUUAAAGUGGAGAACCUUGACAGCACAUGCUGUAAAGAGAAGUUGAAAAGAGACAGUGCAGGUCAUUCAAAUGCAAACCAGCCAGCAAACUCUAUUCACCCGCUCAAGGACCACGGACAAAUGGUCUCUCAAGACUCAGCUCGCUCUGAGACACUCUGUGGAUCUCUACCAUACAAUCCAAUUGAAGAUGUCUGUUGUUCAGGGCAGCAGAAAACAAAAAAAUCCGGUGUCACUCAAUGUUGUGGUGAGGAAACAUACGAACUGUCAGAAGAGGGAGUGCUGUGUUGCGAUGGACAGCUCUACCGUGGCCAGCCGGCCGGCUCUGUAUGCGCUGGGAAUGUACCGUACUCUCCGCACAACUGCACCGUCUGCCAGAAACAUGUGCACCUACCGGCAGGCCAGCAGUGCUGUGGACAGAAAACCUUUGACCCCCAUGAGGAGAUCUGCUGCAAUGGACACAGACAUAAAAGGACAGCGGACAUGGCCUGCUGUGGCUCUCAUGCUUACAACGCCAGCUCUGGUGAACACAUGUGCUGUUCCGGCCAUCUCCAUGACCUGACACAUCUAAAUAACAAACAAGAGGCGGAGUGCUGUGGUCCUCUACUGCUGACCAAUAAGAAGGAGCAACAGUGCUGCCACUCAACAGAGAAAACUCUGGUCUAUAAGACCCAGCCUGGCCAUUCCUGCUGUGGCCACUGGUACUACAGUAUGUCGCUGUGGAGCUGCUGUGCUGGACAACUCAUUCCCAAACCAACGCAGGCAAAGAUGGGAGAGCCAAAGUGUAUUCGCAAACUGUGGGACUACAGCCAGUCUGCCAUCUGCAAUAUGCCAGUGCUGUUAGGAACAGUGCAGAGUGUAGCAGUGAAGCACAAUGAGCGCUCUGUCAUGGUGGGGGAUGCGCUGGAGGUGAAUGCCACCAAUGUGACGUCCUGUGGAAACUCUCUAGAAGUCGGGCCAUUGGACCACUGCCUCUUCCCUGCGCUGGAGCUAGGCGGGACCUACCUCUGGAUAAAAAACACGCAGAACAAAUACGAGCCUUUGGCUGAUGUUACCGGCCUGACUAACCCCCUUCACGCCAUCUUGAGCCUCUGUCAAAGUAGGCGUAGAUACUACACUGCUUAACAUUCGGCCGCGUUCAAAUACCUCUUUUCCACUGUAGAUCGCAGAGAGUGGCAUUCUGUGGGCAUGAUUUGGCACAAACUUCACCCAGCACAGGUUCCCCUUAGCUAGCACUGCUCAAAAAAGCCAUGGAGAAACUAUUCAGGGAACGGCCUCUAAGUCUGAACAGGAAUGUAAAGCAGGAUGUAAAUUUAGUACGUAGGACAUUACGUUGUAUUUUGCAACUAGGAAGCACAAGUGCCUUAACGUGAGUGCAUUGCCAAGGACAUGUUGUUAAGGAUGUGAUUGAGAAGGCUGAGAUGGCUAUAGUGCAACUAUAACUAAGCUCACAACUCUAGCUUCUGUUAGCCAGCACCAAAAAUAAAGAAAAGAUAUUCCUCUGUUGUCAGUGACCUCAACAAACUAACAUAUUGGCAGAUUGACUGAGGAGAGAAAAGCUCCUGUAGAAGCCCACAAGUCAUCACCAUCUACCAUUGCAUUGAUAUGGUCUCCACUCCAGUGUUAGCAUUAGCUCAUUAGCUCAAGCCCUGACACUAAGGCCCAAUCCCAUUUCUUCCUUUUACCCCUACCCCUUGUUUUCGAGCAUCACCCUA